AUGGCUGCUGCUAAGGGGUCAUCUCCCAGGGUGAAAAAACCCACUACCAAUGACAGAGCUAUCAGUGAUUCACCGGAGUCAGUCAAACGAUCGAGUACAAAGCCAGGUGCUACACCUAACAAAUUAGCGAAAUCAUCCUCGUUGUCGUCAAUUUUUUCGUUAGGUAAAAAAAGGAAGAGAUCAGAGAGUGACGAAGAAAGCAAUAGUAAACUUCCUGGACCAACGACGCCAAGGAGUAGUAUUAGCAGCAUUUGGACUCCCUCACGUGCUUCGCCCCGAAUUGCCAGCUCAGGUGAGAAAAAGAGACGGUCGUUAUUCUCUUUAGUGUUGCCUAAUGAAAGGAAUAGCGACAGUGACAUAGACGGUACUAACGACGAAGCCGAAUCUAAAAGCAACAAAUCCAAACGAAAAACCCUUAAAGCAAACAAAUCCAGUAACGAUAAUGAUAGUUAUAUUGAAGGUGACGGUGAUGAUGAAAAUGGCGUUUUAGAAACUGAUUCCGACGGUUCGGGAUCAGACACUGAUGACAAGUCGACUCAUAAAUUGAAAAAGAGACGUAUUUCCCAAAUAGAGCUACAAAGAGAAAAAGAGUUAGAUGAGCAAGUGGAGCCUCAGUAUCGCAAAUACAGACCCAGAGGAUAUACGUUCAACCCUCCACCUACAGAUCGGCCUAUCCGGAUAUAUGCCGAUGGUGUUUUUGACCUUUUCCACCUAGGCCAUAUGAAACAACUUGAACAGGCCAAGAAAGCCCUUCCCAAUGUCACUCUCAUAUGUGGAAUUCCCUCCGAUAUCGAUACUCAUAAACAUAAGGGUCUCACAGUACUGACAGAUAGCCAGCGAUGUGAGACUCUGCUUCACUGUAAGUGGGUAGAUGAGGUUAUUCCCAACGCUCCUUGGUGUGUUACAGUGGAUUUCUUACGCAAGCAUCAAAUCGACUAUGUGGCCCACGACGACUUACCCUAUGCUUCUAGUGGAAGCGAUGAUAUCUACAGGCCAGUGAAAGAGCUUGGCAUGUUCCUCACUACGCAGCGAACAGAAGGUAUAUCGACCUCUGACAUCAUAACAAAAAUCAUCCGUGAUUAUGACAAGUAUCUUAUGAGGAAUUUUGCAAGAGGCGCUUCUCGUAAGGACCUUAAUGUGUCAUGGCUGAAAAAGAAUGAGCUUGAUCUUAAACGUCAUGUACUUGAGUUCCGGGAAUCAUUCAAAACCAAUUUUGAGUCAACGACUAGGGAUAUCUACUCUGAAUUCAUGGGAUAUGUUUCUGGCGUUCUACAUCUGAAAGAUGCCGCAGCCGUCGCUGCUGCUGCUGCUGCUUCAUCAUCGCAGCGUCGGGCCCUUCGAUCCGGUAAUACGUCAAAUGUAAACAACGACUCCGAGAGCCAUAGCGCUAAUGAAGAUUCUGAAGCUCCUGAAGCUCCUGGAUCCCCAGCAACCGACUUUGCGUCUGGUUAUUCAGGAGGAUCAUUUUUCGGGAACGUUAAAGAUUGGGUUUCUAGAAGAAUCGAUUCGUCCAUUCCACCAUCUCCUACAGAUACUCCCAGGGAGCACAGUGAUGCCGAGUAA